GCGCUGCGUCCUGGGCCACGCCUGUCGGCGCACCGCCGCGCCUCCCCGGUUACUAAGGGGCCUUGGAUACCUGGCUGAUCCCCGGGAUGCUGGGCGGUGUCAGGUGACUGGUGGUCGCUGGGCCUCAGGUAAAGGGCUCCAACGUGGUGGGCCAGCUGGGGCGUUGGGGCGGCCUGGGAGCUGGCGAGGGCCUCGCCACACUCUUCGAGGCCGCUGGGCCGGUCAUAGAACAUCCAGGGUCCACCGAGGUGAAGUAAACUGUGGGCGCGGACGUAGCCCGGGGUCCUGGCGCUCCGGCUGGCCGCCCAUCUCCACUGCCUCGGGUGGUGCCCAUUUUUUAGUCGUUCCGCUGACUAUGAAAGAGCAUCGGACGAGGAAUCGUAAAAUCUUAAUCUCUCUUCUGUCGUGGCUGCGACUCCUCGGUAACCAUGGAGAAAGAGCUGCGGAGCACCAUUCUUUUCAAUGCCUACAAAAAGGAGCUAUUUACCACCAACAAUGGCUAUAAAUCCAUGCAGAAAAAACUUCGGAGUAAUUGGAAGAUUCAGAGCUUAAAAGAUGAAAUCACAUCUGAGAAGUUAAAUGGAGUGAAACUGUGGAUUACAGCUGGGCCAAGGGAAAAAUUUACUGCAGCUGAGUUUGAAAUCCUGAAGAAAUAUCUUGACAGCGGUGGAGAUGUCCUUGUGAUGCUAGGAGAAGGUGGAGAAUCCAGAUUUGACACCAAUAUUAACUUUUUACUAGAAGAAUAUGGAAUCAUGGUUAAUAAUGAUGCUGUGGUUAGAAAUGUAUAUCACAAAUAUUUCCAUCCUAAAGAAGCUCUAGUUUCCAGUGGAGUCUUGAACAGGGAAAUUAGCCGAGCUGCAGGAAAGGCUGUGCCUGGGAUCGUUGAUGAGGAAAGCAAUGGAAACAAUGCCCAGGCUCUCACCUUUGUGUAUCCUUUUGGUGCCACAUUGAGUGUCAUGAAACCAGCAGUGGCGGUUCUGUCUACAGGUUUUGUCUGCUUCCCACUUAACAGACCCAUUCUGGCUUUCUAUCACUCAAAGAACCAAGGUGGGAAGCUGGCAGUGCUUGGUUCAUGUCACAUGUUCAGUGAUCAAUAUUUGGACAAGGAAGAAAACAGCAAAAUCAUGGAUGUUGUUUUCCAGUGGCUCACGACAGGAGACAUCCACCUAAACCAGAUUGAUGCUGAGGACCCAGAGAUUUCUGACUACAUGAUGCUGCCCUACACAGCCACCCUAUCAAAGCGGAAUCGAGAGUGUCUCCAGGAGAGCGAUGAGAUCCCGAGGGACUUUACCACCCUCUUCGACCUGUCCAUCUUCCAGCUGGAUACCACCUCCUUCCACAGCGUUGUCGAGGCUCACGAGCAGCUAAAUGUGAAAUGUGAACCACUCCAGCUCAUCCAGCCUCAGUUUGAGACGCCGCUGCCAACCCUUCAGCCUGCGGUUUUUCCUCCCAGUUUCCGGGAGUUACCUCCUCCUCCUCUGGAGCUGUUUGAUUUAGAUGAAACGUUCUCCUCUGAGAAGGCACGGCUGGCUCAGAUUACCAAUAAGUGUACUGAAGAAGACCUGGAAUUCUAUGUCAGGAAGUGUGGUGAUAUUCUUGGAGUAACCAGUAAACUACCAAAGGACCAACAGGAUGCCAAACAUAUCCUUGAGCACGUCUUCUUCCAAGUGGUAGAGUUCAAGAAAUUGAACCAGGAACAUGACAUCGAUACAAGUGAAACAGCAUUCCAGAACAAUUUCUGAAGACCAUGCCUCUUGAAGCUUUUUCUGCCUCCUGAUUCUUUCUUUGUAAACUAUUUUCAAAUUGUUUUUCAACUCCUUAUCAAAAUUGUUUAUACACUUUUUCCUCCAUGAGCUAUGGAAGGUAUAUGCAUCUUCUGUAAUACUCAGAUAGGUAUAAGAUUUUUCAGGCCGGGCACGGUGGCUCACGCUUGUAAUCCCAGCACUUUGGGAGGCCGAGGCGGGCGGAUCACGAGGUCAGGAGAUUGAGACCACGAUGAAACCCCGUCUCUACUAAAAAUACAAAAAAUUAGCCCGGCGUGGUGGCAGGCACCUGUAGUCCCAGCUACUCGGAGAGGCUGAGGCAGGAGAAUGGUGUGAGCCCAGGAGGCGGAGCUUGCAGUGAGCCGAGAUUGCGCCACUGCACUCCAGCCUGGGUGACAGAGCGAGACUCCAUCUCAAAAAAAAAGAUUUUUCACAAAAUCCUUAUGUAAGUUACAUUCCAUUUUUAAAAAUUAAAUGUAUGGUUGCAUCUGUCUUUUUAUACCCUAUGAAA